UUCUUCUUCUUCUUCUUCAAUGGCGUUGAUACAUGGUUCGGUUCCUGGUACGUCUGCGGUUCGAUUGGUUUUUUCAACCUCAGCGUCACCGUCGAGAUUUUGUCUCAAUGUUCCGGUGGUGAAGCAGGGUUGGAAGAAUUCGUGCCGGAGAAGGGUUUUAAGAGCAAUGGUGCAGGAAACAGUUCAAGGAUCUCCUUUGGUUUACGCCAGAGAAAUGGAGCGCCUUUCUGCUAAGGAAUCGCUACUUCUCGCUGUAUAACUUCUCUCACUUUUAUAAACUCUUUGAAUUACUUGGUUGUUAUGUGAAUAUAUGAUUUGUUUAGAUCUUCAAUUUUACUCUGAUUUUGAAAUUGUGUCUCUUUUACUAUCUCUGUCGUAAGCUGAGGAUAAAUGGGAAGACUUUAGGUGAAUUGUGUAUUUGUUAGAUGUAAUCGAGAUUUUGCAGAUAACAAAAGAGAAUUUUUUUCUCAAAGUCCAGAAAUUGAAUGAUCAUGUUUCAGCUCAAUUGAGUUUUUCUUAGUAUAGGAACAGAGCUCUGUGUGUUUGGAACUGUCAAACUAUUUUUGUCCUGAAGCCAUCUAUGUACAGUUGAAGGAUGCUGGAGGCUUUGAGGCUUUAGUUACAGGGAAAACAACUAAUAUGCAAAGGAUCGAUGUUAAUGAGAGGAUUACGAGUCUAGAGCGGCUUAAUCCAACUCCGAGACCAACCACGUCUCCUUGUUUCGAAGGCAGGUGGAAUUUUGAGUGGUUUGGAUCUGGAAGUCCUGGUUUACUCGCUGCUCGAGUUAUAUUCGAGAGGUUUCCUUCAACAUUGGCGAAUUUAUCAAGAAUGGAGAUACUGAUCAAGGAUGCUAACGCAAAGGCGACUGCAAAUAUCAAACUUUUGAACUCGAUAGAAAGCAAAAUCAUUCUGUCAUCAAAAUUGACUGUUGAGGGACCACUGAGAUUGAAAGAAGAAUAUGUUGAAGGUAUGCUUGAAACUCCAACAGUCAUUGAAGAAGCAGUUCCUGAACAGCUAAAAAGCGCUUUGGGACAAGCUGCCACAACGUUGCAGCAGCUUCCUGCUCUUAUCAAGGAUACUCUAGCCAGUGGUCUGAGAAUUCCCCUUAGUGGAUCCUUUGAAAGAUUUUUCAUGAUAUCUUAUCUAGAUGAAGAGAUUCUUAUAGUAAGAGAUACCGAAGGAGUGCCUGAAGUUCUAACGAGGAUAGAAACACCAUCAUCGACCGUUGUAGAAACUAUCGAAUAUGAUAGUUAGAUGUGACUAGCCAUUGUUCUUGUUCUUGUUCCUAUGUUCUCUGUGUGUUAUAUUACAAGAACCAACCACCAAGUUGGUGUCUGUAAAUGUAUGACGUUAAUAACUUGAGGGUCAUCUCCAUACAUCAAAACCCCUUCCUUCUUUUGUGUUCGCUCGGCAAAUCUUCUCAAGUUAUCCAAGUACUUGCAGAUUCUCUGUUUUGAUCAUCUUAAUAAACUCUUUCUAUGU